AUGGUACCGAAAAAAGCUACUCCAAUCUUUAUUAAUAAGGAAGAUGGCAACUUCAGAGAAGCUUUGAAAUUGUACGAUCAGAAACAAUAUAAAAAAGCUUUGAAACUCGUGGAUGCAAAUUUGAAAAAGAAUUCAAAUCAUGCUGAAUCAUUAGCAUUGAAGGGAUGUAUUUUGCACUUUACUGGAAAUAAGGAUGAAGCUGUAACGUACAUAAAGAGAGCCACUAAUAAAGAUUCGUCGAACUAUCUUGUUGAUCAUUUGGUGGGAUUGUACUAUCGUGCAUUGGAGGAUUACGUAGAAGCUGCAAAGUGGUUCAAAGCAGCAAUGGAUAAUGGGUCACCCAACAAACCCAUAUUACGUGAUUUGUCGUUUAUGCAAGUACAGAAUCGUGACUUUAAACCUUUGACUGAUUGCAGACAACAGUACUUGGAACAUGCUCCUGGAUUCAGGGCAAAUUGGACGGGUCUUGCCGUUGCUCAACAUUUGAAUAAAGAGUACACAGGGGCAGUGGCUACACUCACCAAAAUAGAAGGAAUCAUAAAGGAACAUUUAACAGAAAAUGAUAUGUACGAACAUGGGGAGGCGAUCUUGUACAAAAAUCAGAUAAUUUCUGAGUCAGGGAAUAUUAGCAAAGCUUUGGCGGUUUUGGAAGAGGAUCUUGAUAACAUCAAAGACCACUUGUCGUACUUGGAAUACAAAGCAAAGUAUCUCCUUCUAUUAGAUCGCAAGAAGGAAGCAUCUGUAGUUUACAGAGAGUUGUUGAAAACUAAUCCUGACAAUAUGCAAUAUUACAUCAUGUUGGAGUUGGCAUUGGAGACAAACACAAAGGACCCAGAAUUGAGAGUCAAAUUGUAUGAUAAGCUAACUUCAUUCUAUCCAAAAUCCGAUCCACCAAAGUAUUUGCCAUUGACGUUCUUACCCGCCGAGUCUCCGUUGUUUGAACAGAAAUGCAAAGAUUACAUCAUUCCCCAACUUUUACGCGGAGUUCCAGCCACUUUUGUAAAUGUGAAACCCUUGUAUGCCUAUGAAGGAAAACUCGAGGUUAUGGAGAACAUUGUUAUCAAGUUCCUUGAAGAGGAAGCUCCAAAAAACCCGAAUCCAAGUGUCACAGUAUGGACCUACUUUUACCUCGCUCAACAUUAUUUGUACAAGGAGGAUUUGGAUACCGCGUUGGAGUAUAUUGACUUGGCAAUUGAGCAUUCACCUACCUUAGUUGAAUUGUACAUCAUCAAAGCUAGGAUUUUAAAACACAAGGGGCUUUUUGGAGAGGCAUCUGAAGUCAUGGAUACUGGAAGAAAACUCGAUUUGCAGGACCGUUUUAUUAACUCCAAAGCAACAAAGUAUAUGCUCCGUGCCAACAGAGUUGAUGAAGCCGUUGAUUGCAUAUCGUUGUUUACAAAACUUGAUGAAGACGCGGUGAAUGGGUGCAAAGACUUGCAUUUGAUGCAAGUCAAUUGGGUAUUGAUUGAAAGUGCUGAAGCAUACACAAGAUUAUACCACGAGGAAGAGACUAAACUCAAACUGUCUAAUUUAGAUAAAGAUGGCGAGGAAUACAAUUCUUUGUUGGAAAACGUUGCCAUGUACAAAGGAUUAGCAUUGAAGAGAUUUCAAGCAGUUGUUAAAAAUUUCAAGACGUUUUAUAAUGAUCAAUAUGAUUUCCAUUCAUACUGUUUAAGGCGAGGAACUCCUCGUGAUUAUAUCGAUAUGUUGAGAUGGGAAGACAAAAUCCACGCUACUCCAGUUUACAUACGUGCAAUGGGGGGAUUGUCUGACCUUUACUUUGAGCUCUAUGAAGAACAACAAAAGGAGAAAUCACAAGAAGCCAACGAUGAUGUAAAGAUUAAAAGGAAUGGCAAAAAACAAAAAAAAGGAAAGUCAAACAAGAAGAAGCUGGACCAAGCAGCCAAAGUUGAAAGUGAAAAAGAUGAUCAAGAUCCUUUUGGAUUGACUCUUCUUCUGGACUUGAAGCAAACCGAUUUCAUUGAACAGUUAUCGAAGCUCGUCGAACCUUUGGCAACCGAAGCGCCAAAUUCGAAAUUGACAUGGGAGUUGCUUUUCAAAAUCUAUACCAUCCAAGGAAAAUACGUGUUGGCAUUACAAGCACUCAAGAGUUUGGAUAAAGUGUUGAACAAGGAAGGGUACAAGAAACUUCAGCAAAUCAGAGAUAAGGUCGUCUACUUGUCUGAGGUCAGUAAAAAUGACACCCAAGCCAACCAAGCCAUUGUGAAAGUUGUUGAAAAAGGAUUACAUUCUGCCUUCCCAGACUUUGAGAAGUUAUCACCAGAGGAGUUUUCAAAAGUAUAUAGCGAAUAA